AAAUUGACUAAGUUUUGUAUCUUUUAAAAAGGGGUUUUUGUCAGAGAGCUUCCAAGAAAGAUAUUUUUUAAUGAAUAAUUAUCAUUUUGUUUAUCAAAAAGAGAGACAAACAUUUAAACAUUUAUGAGGAAAAAUUAAUGCAAAAUUUUUUUUUGGCAUUUUAAUUAUUUGAAUUUAUUUUUUUUUAUGAGAUCUUCUUCUUCAUUUUAUUUUUAAUAGGAAAUCUCAAAUAAAUUAAAUAAAUUUUAAAAAAAACAAGAAAAUACAUAAACAAAAUUUUUAAUAAAAAAGAAAAAAGCUCAGUAAAUGUCACAACAAAAAAGCAGAGGAUACAAUAAAUCUGACCAACAACACAACUAAUAUAACUAACAAAAUCAAGAGCCACCCAAAUAGGUUAAGCCUACAUAUUAUGAUCUUGAAUUGAACAGCAAGAAAAAUGCAAAUAGCGUUUUUAUUAAAGCUCAAGUUGUUAGCAUUGAAGAAUAAGAAUCAAAAUUCCCUACUAGCAAUCAAGCUAAAACUUUGAUUGUAAGUCUUGCAUAAAUUCUUUAAGAAAGAAACUAAACCCAAAAGGCUUAAAUAAAAGUUCAUCCUCCCAACCCAAUCUUUUACAAGGACCUAGAAGAAAAAUAAAAGGAAAAGCACUACAACUUUUUCUUAAAUGCUAAGAAGUAGCUUGAUAAUAAUGAACUUGUUUUGAUAGAAAUUUUGAAUGGUAAGCUCAAAAGAGAAAAAGAAAACAAGUAAAGGGAUAAUAAUGAAACUACAAAGAAAUAAAAAAUUAUUUAACUUAAAGAAUGGACUUAAGUUAAGAAAUGCGAGAGAUUCUUCGAGAAUAACGAUAAAAAGAUGGGAGAAAUCAAUCAAAUUAAGGAUAUUACUGCCAACAACAAAUAUGUUAAUAUUCUUGCUGUAGUCACUGCUAUUAAACCUUUAGGAGAAAUUGCCAAAGGAAGCUAACUCUUAUCACCAGAAUUCAAAGCCGAAAAGCCUGAAGAUUAACCCCUUAAUCAUCAUAUCACUUUACGUGAUUAAACUGGAGAAAUACAUUGUAUUCUUCCUAAUAUUGACAAGUUUAAGAGCUUUAUAUAAUUGGGCAAAUAUCUCUUCUUCCAAAAGGCCUAAAUUCAACAUUCCAAAAUUAAAGAAGGAGAAACCAACAUCUUCUUAAACAUCUACAUUAAUGAAAAGAAGCAAAAGCCCAAAGGUUUCAUCUGGGAUUGCUCUAGUUUACCUGAAUUUGAAACUGCUAUUCCAAGUAUUAAGAGCUCUACUAAUUUAAUCAAUGUAAGCAAUAAAGUCUGGAUUGUUAAAGUUCCUCAAACUCAAACUGCUCAAUGA